CUCCCUCGCACCACUGCAAUCCUCGUAGACUGAACUAUAGAAUUUCAAUGGCAAGUGGUAUGCCCCCAGUCUAUCCACCGGUUCCUUUUCUUCCCCUUGGGGACUUCGAUGGUCCACUGGGCCAGUACCAAGUCGUGACUCAUCCUUCAACGAUCGAGCAUGGAGUAAAAAAAAAAAAUAUCAAGAGCACGUUGAGUCAGAAACUCAAUUCAAUUCUUGGCAAUUGUAAUUCUUUUCCCUUUUCCCUUCAAUAUCUCUCCUUCUUUAGCCUCAAUUGCCCGCACCUUUGCUCGCGUGUGACAUCCAUCUCGUCUUCCUUUGGGGGUGGUUCUUCAAAAGAAAAAAAAGAAGUGGAACCGGUUGACGGUGAAGGGCCACUAGCCAAUUAGCGACCCGGUGGUGGGAAAAAAAGACCUCCGACAAGUCGGGGCACUCAACCUUCUACACAACUACUUCCCGCCCAGCAAUUGAACCCUUCAUUCAGAUUCGCUUGAGCGGCGCUAUGGUUCUUGCUGCGCGUUGUGGGCAAGCGGCGACGCUGCUGCGCCAGCGAUGUCUCGCUGAGGCUCGUCCGGCUCUUUCUCUCCGCUCCUUCACCUCCAAUGCCUCCAUUCGCUCCACGGCCUCGGCCCUGCGCCUGCAGAAGCUUCCAUCCGCUGGCCGCUCUCAGCAGCUGCGCGCCUUCUCCAGCACCAUCACCCGUCUGGCUGCUGCUCAGAGUGCUCCCUCGUCCGAGUCGUACCUCGCUAGCGGCGUGGUGAAGCCCGGCCGCAACCUGGUCGACGUCAAGAAGGUCCUGGUCAUUGGUAGUGGUGGUCUGAGCAUUGGACAGGCUGGAGAGUUCGAUUAUUCCGGCUCUCAAGCUCUCAAGGCCCUGAAGGAGGCUGGCGUUCAGUCCGUCCUGAUCAACCCUAACAUCGCGACCAUCCAGACUGAUCACAAGCUCGCCGAUGAGGUGUACUAUCUCCCCGUCACCCCCGAAUAUGUCACCCACGUUAUCGAGCGUGAGCGCCCCGACGGUAUCUUCCUGACCUUCGGUGGCCAGACUGCUCUCAACCUGGGUGUGCAGAUGAACCGCAUGGGUACUUUCGAACGCUACGGCGUCAAGGUUCUCGGCACCCCCAUCAAGACUCUGGAGACCAGUGAGGACCGUGACCUGUUCUCCCAGGCUCUCAACGAGAUCAACAUCCCCAUUGCCGAGUCCAUUGCCGUCGGUACCGUCGACGACGCUCUGAAGGCUGCCGAGGAGGUCGGUUACCCCAUCAUUGUCCGCUCCGCCUACGCCCUUGGUGGUCUCGGCUCUGGCUUCGCUUCCAACCCCGAUGAGCUCCGUGAUCUGUCUUCGCGCUCCCUGUCUCUUGCUCCCCAGAUUCUCGUCGAGAAGUCCCUUAAGGGCUGGAAGGAGGUCGAGUACGAGGUCGUUCGCGAUGCCGACAACAACUGUAUCACCGUUUGCAACAUGGAGAACUUCGACCCUCUGGGUAUUCACACUGGUGACAGUAUCGUUGUCGCUCCCUCCCAGACUCUGUCUGAUGAGGAGUACCACAUGCUCCGUACCGCUGCCAUCAAGAUUGUCCGCCACUUGGGCGUCGUUGGCGAGUGCAAUGUCCAGUACUCUCUCCAGCCCGAUGGUCUUGACUACCGUGUCAUUGAGGUGAACGCUCGUCUCUCGCGCUCGUCUGCUCUGGCCUCCAAGGCUACCGGCUACCCCCUGGCCUAUACCGCUGCUAAGAUUGGUCUCGGACACACUCUGCCCGAGCUCCCCAAUGCCGUCACCAAGACUACCACUGCCAACUUCGAGCCCAGUCUGGACUACAUUGUCACCAAGAUCCCCCGUUGGGAUCUGAGCAAGUUCCAGCACGUCAACCGUGACAUUGGUAGUGCUAUGAAGUCUGUCGGUGAGGUUAUGGCCAUUGGCCGUACCUUCGAGGAGUCUCUCCAGAAGGCUAUUCGCCAGGUCGACCCUAAGUACCUCGGUCUGCAGGGUGACCACUUCGAGGACCUCGAUGAUGUCCUGCAGAACCCUACUGACCGCCGUUGGUUGGCUGUUGGCCAGGCUAUGCUGCACGAGGGUUACACCGUUGAUCGGGUUCACGAGCUGAGCAAGAUUGACAAGUGGUUCCUAUACAAGAUCCAGAACAUCGUUGACUGCAACAACGAGCUUAAGGAGAUUGGCAGCCUCUUCGGCGUCACUUCCGAGACCAUGCUCAAGGCCAAGAAGCUCGGUUUCUCUGAUAAGCAGAUUUCUCUGCUUGUUGGUGCCUCCGAGGAUGAUGUCCGCGCUCGCCGCAAGUCCUUCGGUAUUACCCCUUGGGUCAAGAAGAUCGAUACCCUGGCUGCGGAGUUCCCUGCCGACACUAACUACCUGUACACCACCUAUAACGCCAGCUCGCACGAUGUUACCUUCGACGACCACGGUACUCUCAUCCUUGGUAGCGGUGUGUACCGUAUUGGUAGCUCCGUCGAGUUCGAUUGGUGCGCUGUCAACGCUACUCUCUCCCUGCGCAAGAUGGGCAAGAAGACUGUCAUGAUCAACUACAACCCCGAGACCUACUCCACCGACUUUGAUACUGCUGACAAGCUGUACUUCGAGGAGCUGAGCUACGAGCGUGUGAUGGAUAUCUACGAGCUCGAGAGCGCCAGCGGUGUCGUCGUCUCUGUCGGUGGCCAGCUGCCCCAGAACAUUGCUCUGCGUCUCCAGGAGGCUGGUGGUGCCAAGAUUUUGGGUACCGACCCCCAGGACAUUGACAAGGCUGAGGAUCGUCACAAGUUCUCUCAGAUCCUGGACAGCAUCGGUGUUGACCAGCCUGCCUGGAAGGAGCUUACUUCCGUCGCUGAUGCCGAGAAGUUCGCUGACUCUGUUGGAUACCCCGUCCUGGUUCGCCCCUCUUACGUCCUGUCCGGUGCUGCCAUGAACGUCAUCUACAGUGUGGAUGAGCUCAAGGAGAAGCUCCUCAACGCUAGCGCCGUUUCCCCCGAUCACCCCGUCGUCAUCACCAAGUUCAUCGAGGGUGCAGAGGAGAUCGACGUUGACGCUGUCGCUUCCAACGGUAAGCUCCUGGUCCAUGCUGUCAGUGAGCACGUUGAGCCUGCCGGUGUCCACUCUGGUGAUGCUACUCUGGUCCUUCCCCCGGCCAACCUGGACGAGUCCAUCAUGAGCCGUGUCAAGGACAUUGCCGAGAAGGUUGCCAAGGCCUGGAACAUCACCGGUCCCUUUAACAUGCAGAUCAUCAAGGCCGACCAGGAGGGUGCUGAGCCCCAGCUCAAGGUCAUUGAGUGUAACCUGCGUGCCUCUCGUUCCUUCCCCUUCGUCAGCAAGGUCCUGGGUACCAACUUCAUUGACGUCGCCACCAAGGCGCUCGUCGGCCGUGAUGUCCCCGAGCCUGUUGACCUGAUGAAGGAGAAGCGCGACUACCUUGCCACCAAGGUUCCCCAGUUCUCUUGGACCCGUCUGGCCGGUGCCGACCCCUUCCUGGGUGUCGAGAUGGCCAGUACCGGUGAGAUUGCCUGCUUCGGUAAGGAUCUGGUUGAGGCCUACUGGACCUCCCUCCAGUCCACCAUGAACUUCCGUGUGCCCGAGUCCGGUGAGGGUAUCCUCCUCGGUGGUGACAUCACCCAGCCCUACCUGUCCACCAUCGUCGACUACCUGAACCCUCUCGGAUACAAGUUCUACGCUGCCAACCCCGAGGUCAAGGCUCACCUUGAGUCUACCUGCAAGGACAACGUCUCCAUCACCGUCAUUGAGUUCCCCAAGAAGAACAAGCGUGCCCUGCGUGAGGUCUUCCAGAAGUACGAUAUCCGUGGUGUCUUCAACCUGGCCAAGACUCGUGGCAAGACCCAGCUGGAUGAGGACUACGUCAUGCGCCGCAACGCUGUCGACUUCAGCGUUCCUCUGUUCAUGGAGCCCAAGACCGCUACUCUCUUCGCUCAGUGCAUGAACCAGAAGCUUCCCCGCCCCGACGGUAUCCCCUCUGAGGUUCGCACCUGGUCCGACUUUGUCGGUGGCAAGGAGGAGCUGUAAAUGAAUAAAUUGACACCCCUGCACAAAAAGCCAAAAGCGCACCGUCUAACCCGUCGCGUACCCCCAUCUACGGGCCUGCCUCGCCGGCUACAAUAUCCAUUUGGGCUCUCCUGGGCAGUCUAUUCCCGCCUCUGAGGAUUGACUCGCUCCCUAUAUGGACGGCGUAGUGGGUAAGGUUGGUUAUCUUGUUGAUAGAUGGCGUGCAUUUUUUUUUGAAAUUUUCUUAUUUCCUGUCUGGAUUCCAGCUGUUUUUUAUUCUCUUAUCUGUCUGGCUCUGUCUGCGGCGAAUCAAGAUGGGAACAGAGGUUUUGUGAUGGGUCCUAAAUGUAUCCGCCCGACAACAGUUGGGUCUGUUUGUCCUGUUUACUAUUUAUAUGUCCUGGGUUCUUUUGAUAUGUAGUUGAUUCUGUGUUUGAGCGACAAAAGAAAUAUUUUUAUUCCUCUGCUUUUUUGCUUUGUAAUGGUAUGCAACUUAGCAAUCUUCCAGGGUGUUCGUUUAUCCACG